AUGCCUCAUUCUUCUCGUACAGGUGAAUUAAUUUUCGAUCCCGAGGUAGAGAAGAUUGCGCGUAGAACAAGAAAAGAGACCAGACAACUCAGAGAGGAGCACUCAAGUGCUGCAUCUCAGAGACCUGAGCCAGAAGUUGAACCAGCAGAUUCGUUUGGUGACACUUCGAGUGACUUGGAGCAAGAAGAAAUCCCUAUGGUUAAUGCACGAACAUUAAGGGAGUUGGCUGCUCCUGAUUUAACUCAGCAGCCUUUAUGCAUUACUUUCCCGAGUUUGAGUGACAACAUUUCAAUUGAAUUGAAAUCGGGUCAAAUUCAUCUUUUACCUUCUUUUCAUGGUUUACUAGGUGAGGAGCCGUAUAAGCAUCUACAGGAGUUUGAUGUCGUGUGCAAUAGUAUGAAGCCCCCGGGAAUCACAGAAGAGCAGAUAAAAAUGAGAGCAUUCCCCUUCUCCCUAAAGGAUUCAGCAAAAGAUUGGUUGUACUACCUACCACCAGGUAGUAUCAUCACGUGGGACCAGUUGAAGAAAAAAAUUUUAGAUAAAUAUUUCCCUGCGUCCAGAGCUGCGAGUUUAAGGAAAGAAAUUUGUGGUAUCAAGCAGCAUCCAAGGGAGUCGCUUUAUGAAGACAGGAGUAUCAUUGAUGCUACGAGUGGAGGGGCACUGGUGAACAAGACCCCUCGAGCAGCGUGGGAGCUAAUUGAAGGAAUGACGGAGAAUUCGCAGCAAUUUGGUACGAGGGAGGAUGUCUCGCUACGCAAGGUGAAUGAGGUAGAGACAUCCUCUAUCCAGCAGCAGUUGACGGAGUUAACCUCGUUUGUUAGGCAACUGGCUAUAGGGAACGCAUCUCAGGCCAAGGUGUGUGGGGUUUGCACUGGUAUGGGUCAUUCAACAGACAUGUGCCCAAUGAUCCAAGAAAAAAGUAUGGAGCAAGUGAACAUGACUGGUCACGCGCCCGCGCCAAGAAAUCAAUAUGACCCAUAUUCGAACACCUGCAAUCCUGGUUGGAGGGACCAUCCCAACUUCAGUUAUGCAGGAAAUAGGCAGUCCAAUUUUAUGCCAAGUAGACAACAAGAGUACCAGCAACAGUAUCAAUUUCGGCCCCCACCACCUCCAUCGAGCACCAGUCCAUCUUUGGAAGAUAUGAUGAAACAAUUGAUGGCUAGUACUGCACAACACCAGGAAAAGACGGACUCCGAACUACGGAACAUAAUUAGUCAGAUGGAUCAGAUACAAGCGAUGUAG